AUGGCUCCUACAUUCCAGGGCGGCAACCAGACCGGCGGCCGGAAGCGACUACUGACGGUCAUCUCGGAGGCGCUCAAGCAUCUGGGGGACGGCCGCGGCUCGUCUCCCAAGCAGAUACUCGCCUGGGUGGAGAAGAACCCCACCAUCGCCAAACGGGUGGACGAGCCGCGCCUGCUGCACACGCUCAAGAGGGCGGUGGAGGCGGGGGUGCUGACGGCUCGCGGCGGCCGCUACAAGCUGGCGGCGCGCGACGACGACCGCGAGCUGUGCUGCCGCAGGCGCCGCCGCCGCAGCUGCAGGAGGAGACGUCGCCGCAGCUGCCGCAGGCGUCGCCGCAGCUGCCGCAGGCGUCGCCGCAGCUGUAGGCGCCGACGCCGCAGCUGCCGCAGGCGGCGCCGCCGCAGCUGCCGCAGGCGUCGCCGCCGCUCGUGCAGACGUAGGAGGAGGAGCUGUCGCAGGCGGCGUCGCCGUUCCUGCCGACGCAGGAGGCGAAGGAGGCGCCGCCGCCGCUGCAGCAGCGAUGCGGACGCGGCGUCCCUGGCCAGCGUAGACGCAGCUGCGGGCCAGUCGCCCGGCAUCUCAGCACAGUCUACGCAGCAUGCGUUGCAGCAGAACUAA